AUGCGCAGACUCAGUUCCUGGAGAAAGAUGGCGACAGCCGAGAAGCAGAAACACGACGGGCGGGUGAAGAUCGGCCACUACAUCCUGGGAGACACGCUGGGCGUCGGGACGUUCGGCAAAGUGAAGGUUGGCAAACAUGAAUUGACUGGGCAUAAAGUUGCUGUGAAGAUACUCAAUCGACAGAAGAUUCGAAGCCUUGAUGUAGUAGGAAAAAUCCGCAGAGAAAUUCAGAACCUCAAGCUUUUCAGGCAUCCUCAUAUAAUUAAACUGUACCAGGUCAUCAGUACACCAUCUGAUAUUUUCAUGGUGAUGGAAUAUGUCUCAGGAGGAGAGCUAUUUGAUUAUAUCUGUAAAAACGGAAGGCUGGAUGAAAAAGAAAGUCGGCGUCUGUUCCAACAAAUCCUUUCUGGUGUGGAUUAUUGUCACAGGCAUAUGGUAGUCCACAGAGAUUUGAAACCUGAAAAUGUCCUGCUUGAUGCACACAUGAAUGCAAAGAUUGCUGAUUUUGGUCUUUCAAACAUGAUGUCAGAUGGCGAAUUUUUAAGAACAAGUUGUGGCUCACCCAACUAUGCUGCACCAGAAGUAAUUUCAGGAAGAUUGUAUGCUGGUCCAGAGGUAGAUAUAUGGAGCAGUGGGGUUAUUCUCUAUGCUUUAUUGUGUGGAACACUUCCAUUCGAUGAUGAUCACGUGCCAACUCUUUUUAAGAAGAUAUGUGAUGGGAUCUUUUAUACCCCUCAGUAUUUAAACCCUUCUGUGAUUAGCCUUUUGAAACAUAUGCUGCAGGUGGAUCCCAUGAAGAGAGCCACAAUCAAAGAUAUCAGGGAACAUGAAUGGUUUAAACAGGACCUUCCAAAAUAUCUCUUUCCUGAGGAUCCAUCAUAUAGUUCAACCAUGAUUGAUGAUGAAGCCUUAAAAGAAGUAUGUGAAAAAUUUGAAUGCUCAGAAGAGGAGGUUCUCAGCUGCCUUUAUAACAGAAAUCAUCAGGACCCUUUGGCAGUUGCCUACCACCUCAUAAUAGAUAACAGGAGAAUAAUGAAUGAGGCCAAAGAUUUUUACUUGGCAACAAGCCCACCUGAUUCUUUUCUUGAUGAUCACCACUUGACCCGGCCCCAUCCUGAAAGAGUACCAUUCUUGGUUGCUGAAACACCAAGGGCACGCCAUACCCUCGAUGAAUUAAAUCCACAGAAAUCCAAACACCAAGGUGUAAGGAAAGCAAAAUGGCAUUUGGGAAUUAGAAGUCAAAGUCGACCAAAUGAUAUCAUGGCAGAAGUUUGUAGAGCAAUUAAACAACUGGAUUAUGAAUGGAAGGUUGUAAACCCAUAUUAUUUGCGUGUUCGAAGGAAGAAUCCUGUGACAAGUACAUUCUCCAAAAUGAGUCUACAGUUAUACCAAGUGGACAGUAGAACAUACUUAUUGGAUUUCCGUAGUAUUGAUGAUGAAAUUGCUGAAGCCAAAUCAGGGACUGCUACUCCACAGAGAUCGGGCUCAGUUAGCAACUAUCGAGCUUGCCAAAGGAAUGAUUCAGAUGCUGAGGCUCAAGGAAAGUCCUCAGAAGCUUCUCUUACCUCAUCUGUAACCUCACUUGACUCUUCUCCUGUUGACUUAACUCCAAGACCUGGAAGUCACACAAUAGAAUUUUUUGAGAUGUGUGCAAAUCUAAUUAAAAUUCUUGCACAGUAAACCUAAAA